AUGACGAACUGGGCGGACGACGUUAUCGAGGAGGAGAUGGACGACGGUGAGGAGAUGCGCAGCGACGGCGAUGUGCUUGGCGAGGUCGUUCCGCGCGUGAGGAAGCGUGCCAUCGGUGUGCAGCGCACAAUAUUGAGCGAGGAGCAAUGGGAAGUCGACGUCGACGCUCUCGAGGCGAGCAAGUCUAAUCCACCAUCGACAGCAUUUCGCCAAUGCGCGCAGGUGCACAGUGACUGGGUGAACGACAUCCUUCUAUGCAACGAGAAUCAAACCCUCGUCUCUGCGUCCUCCGAUGGCACCGUCAAAGCGUGGAACCCCCACUCACAGCCCGCCUCAGAGCCUAGCACGAUUGGGAUACACGCUGACUAUGUGCGGUGCCUCGCUUAUAGCCGUGAACAGCGCUGGAUUGCAUCCGGUUCCUUUGACCGCACGAUCAAACUCUGGGAUCUCGCCGGGGCGAGCACGGGCAGCCCACUCACAACUUUAAGCCCACCGGACAUGUCGGAUCCCAAAUCGUCUGUGUAUGCAAUCAAGACGGACCCAUAUGGGUCCGUCAUCGUGUCCGCAUCUCCCGACCGUGUCGUCCGGUUGUGGGACCCUCGUGCAGGCAGGCGAGUGUCGAAGCUGGUCGGUCACACGGAUAACAUCCGCACGAUGCUACUCUCAGAGGAUGCGAAAUAUCUGCUCACAGGCUCGACAGAUGCAUCCAUCAAAUUGUGGUCACUCUCCUCACAACGGUGUUUGCACACGUUCACUCAUCACACAGAAUCAGUCUGGUCACUCUUCUCGCAACAUCCGACACUCGAGAUAUUCUAUUCGGGUGAUCGCUCUGGGCUCGUAUGCAAAGUCGACGUCGAAGGCUGUGCAGACGUCUCCGAGGGCGAAUGCAUUGUGCUCUGCCAGGACACGAACGAACAAGGGAAGAGCAUGGGCGAGGCGGGCGGAAUCGAUGCGAUUGUCGCGAUGGAUGACUCUCUGCUAUGGACUGCCUCGGGCGGCAGCUCCAGUUUCAAGCGAUGGAAGGUACCUCCACGUAAAACUGUACGGGCGGCUGCAUUGAAUGCCGGUAGGGACAGCAUGCCGACGACCGAGAUCCCUGGACCUGCAUCCGUUGAGAGCAACAAUUUCAGCGAGAGACGGUCUGGCGCACGGAACUCGAUCGACUUCACAAGUGUGGCGAGCACUUCACCGCGCUCGGUUUCGAUACACCCCAGCGCACAAGCAUCCAGCCCGCCACCAUCUAAGAAGAGUAAUCGCAUAUCACUUUCUCCUUCUCUUUCACCAUCGUUGGUAUCGUCUCAUUCGGCUGCACCCUGUGAUCCUGAUCCAUUCGCAGACAAAGAAGGCGACGAGACAUGGUAUGGAAUUCCAUUCGAGAGCCUUGUGCGACUCACAUCACCGAAUAAUCCAUUUGCGCGUUUCGGUGGGCAUGGAUCAUUUUCUCGGGGACCCGAUCCGGAGAUCGCGACGCUGUACUCCGCUGCGUCGAUUAUGAGCAUGCCGCGUCUCACGCCUCGUCCCAUGCACUCUGUACUUGCAAGCCCGAGCAAGCUACUUCCAGGCCAGAGAAGUACGAGCCCGCUCCAGGGUGAGCGCGACUCUGUGCCUGCGCAAACGCGUGUCGGGGAAGAGACGCAGACGCUGCAUCCAGGCGCGCGUGUACGAACGGCGUAUGAGGAGCGGGAGGUCGCAGCGGACGCCGUGCCGCUGAAUCGCGAGCCAGACGAGGUCGUCCAGGGAGAUUGCGGUUUGGUGCGCUGUGCGAUGCUGAACGAUCGUAUGCAUGCUCUCACUGUAGACACGGCGGGGGAAGUGGCGGUGUGGGACGUUGUGCGAGGGACGUGUCUCGGGCGGUAUCUCAGCGAGGAUGUCGCUGCUGCCAGCUUCUGUGGCAGCGAGGCCAGUGUGCGCGGUGAUUCGGAUGGAGGGUCCAUUAAAGAGCUGAUGAGGGAAGAGCGGGGUCCACGGGAGGCGUUGCAGACUGUGAGGGAGCGGAUCGAGGGCGAGGCUGUUGUUCCGGCAUGGGCGAGCGUAGAUACCAAGACGGGCGUGCUUACAGUGCAUCUGAGCGAGCGUUGCUUCGAGGCGGAGGUAUAUGCUGACGAGGCGGGUCUUUCGCAUGAUCGGCGCUAUGGAGACGAAUUCAGAGUGAACAUCGGCAAAUGGAUCUUGCGGAAUCUGUUUUACGGGUUCAUCCGUGAGGAACAGCGGACGCGAAGAAGAGAAGAGCCAGCUCAUCGGAUGCACCGUGCUUCCGCACCCAGCCAUAUAGACGUUCCUGCCCAUGAUCAUCACCCCCGCAGAUCAUUAGACUCGUUGCAUCAGUCGUCAUCCUCUAGCCCAAGGAGUUCACAUGUCUUGUCUUCUCCCACCAUGUUGCCCGCCAUGUCUCCCGCCAUAUCCAUGGGUCCGCGAACCCCACUCCUGACGCCGCUUAUUCCGAUCAACAGCAGCGAGCGGACCGCGGGGCUGUCGCCAAUACCCCAGUCCCCGAACGACAGCACGCCGAUGCCGCCGCGCACGCAACAGGCGGAGGGGGCGCCGGGCUCGCUGUCAAGCUCGGAUUACUUCUCGCUGCGCGCGCGGCGUGAGUCCAUGUCGACUGCGGGAAGCGUGACGACGUCGGACGAUUUCUCGUCGUGGGGGAAGGACUCUGGAUCGCAGACGCCGAGCACGCCGAGUGCGGUGGGUUUUAUCGGGCGGAUCAAUAGAGCAUUUGGGAAGAGCGUAAGGCGGCAGGCAAGCGAAAUCGGUACGCCUGCGACUUCCUCUAGUGGAAAUGAUGCCCCUGCCAUACCAGCGGUACGGAAUUCUUGUUAUGAAACCAUAGCUCCAAUCCCUCAUAAGAGCCCAGUGCAGGCGUUGCUAUCGGGACCGAUCAACCCGCCGUCUGCCACCGACAACCCUCCUUUGCCUAUUUCGCCGCACACCUCCGUGAUCAUCUCCGAGGAGGCGCUUUCGGGCUGGACGACGAUAUACAGGGGACAGGUCGCGAACACCGCAGGCGAUAUGCAUACACUCGAGGAGGUCAUGCCAUAUUGGCUUAUAGAGUAUCUAUUGACGAAUAAAGCGCCUUCUGUGCCUUUGACCAAGAUUAGUUUUGUACUAUUGCCCUUUCCUGCUAAGGAUCCUCAGGAGCGGCUGCCUGAGCUUGUUAAUAGUGCGCAAACGAAGUUGACUGCUAGCCGCUUCCUGCGGGUUCGCAAGCUCGCUGUCCACGUGCAAGACAAAUUGGACAGGAUAUUUGGCUCUCGCAGUUCAACAUCUCCCAACACGCCCCGCUCAUCGCUCGACAGCCGGUCACAUUCCUCCGGCGGUGGGAGGGGCGAGUCACGGCCUCGUGCGGAAGAAGUGUACGAGAUCCUGUGCAACGAUGUCGUACUCCCGCUAGACAUGACACUCGCUGCAGUGCGGCAGUUCAUUUGGCGGCGGGCGGGCGAGAUUAACAUGUACUACCGUCGUAAAAGCCAUUUAGUCAACCGCUAG